AAAUGAAAAUCACUCGUUACAAGAAAGUCCAGAAAUAUCUUAAGUUCUACUACAACAACUUCGGUUUCCACCAGCCGUAUCAAGUGUUGAUUGAUGGAACAUUUUGCUUCGCCGCUUUCACCAAUGGACAGUAAAUACCGUCGCAACGGGCGUUUGCUGGACAUGGUAGACGAGGAGUGGCGCGCGGAGCGGCUGCCCGACGAGGACAUCGCGGUGCCGGCGGAGGAGCUGCCGGACCCCGAGGCCGACAGCGCAGACUCGCACCUCACGCUCAAGGAGCAGAGCAUGCGCUGGCAGGAGAACUUCCCCGAGCCCGCCGCCAACACCGAGCAGUAAUCUAGCCUAGGAACACAUUAAUAUAAAAGAGCAAGUACCCAAAUAUCUGAACAGCCAAGUAAAACUCCUGACCACAAGAUGCAUCAUAAUUGAGACAGAAAAGAUUGCCAAGAAGACUCAUGGUGCGCUGACCAUUUUAAAACAAUUUGG